AUGCUUCAUUUAGCUAUCAACCCCCACCUUCUCGUGUGCCCUAACUAUGCCUUGCCCAAUUUCAAGGCAGUAAGACAGCUCAACUACUUUUCUGAUGAAGAACCCGCUGCUACCAUCCAGUACCUGGACCAUGCGGCCUGGAAUGCGCAAGUUACUGCUGACACCGAGGCUGCUGCUGAUGCAAAACACAACCAUCUCAAGCAGCUAGCAGCCAACCAAGUGGAAGUGGAGAAAGAACUCAACAAGAAGUGGCUGAAGCUCCUCCCUUUGAAUGAUAGUGGCAUGCCCUCCAUCUUCCCUGUUCACUCCCCUCUAUAUGCCUUCCACAAGCUUGAGCUCAUCAAGUAUGGCCUUGCCCUCCAAGCAGUAUCCUCUGUGUGCACCUCAUGCAAGGUUAUCCCGGAUGCUGACUUGUCCUGGGACCAGUUUUCCUCAGCUCGCACAGUGUACAUCUCCAAAAUUCAAUGCACCAAGUGGCCCACCGCCCUCACCAAACAGACAGCCUCCUUCCUGUUUGCCCUCGAGAACCAUCCAAUGGCAUGCAUCACUGACUACGGCAAGUGGUGUCAAGGAACUAUCCAGGACAUCCGGACCUAG